AUGGAUUUCGCGGGAUACCGCUGUUUUGUUCCGGGUGGUAACACGGAUUUGAAGGAACUUCCUGGGGGGUCUUACGAAAGAGUCGCAGCCCUCACACAAUCUUAUCGUCAACGUUUGGCGCAAGCCGGUUCUAGUGUAGUUAUCGAUCACCCUUUGAAGCGAGAGGAGCGCGUGAAUUUGUUUCUCACCGAAGAGGCUGAACAACGCUAUAGUAUUGAAAGGGGGGAACAGAAUGAUGCAUGGACGAUUUCGAGGCGAUGGUCUAAGCAAUCCUCUCUCUUCGGCAGAGAGCUACACGCCAUUAAAGAGGCGAGACAGAAGAAAGAGCAACUCAUGAAACAACGAGCCCUCCUUGAAGAACAAAUUUACCGUGAGCAAUUUCUGUACUUUUGGCGAAAACAAAAACAACAACAUCAUCAUAAACGGUAUAGCUAUCCCAGUGAUGUCGUUAAACUUAUUUCAUAUGCGUACAAGCACAACGUACUGCCGUUUGCGACUGAUCCUAUCGAGUGUUGGGAAAGAGGUAUUCUUGUCCCACCCGAAUUACAGCAAGCUGUGGAGGUAUCCGAUGAUCGGGGAACUAUUCUGCUGCCACCGCUUCACGAGUUAUCCAUGAGCCUCCGAGAGGCUUAUAAUAAACAUCGUGCGCAAGAACGCGGCGUUGCACUUGCCAAAAAAAUUGCUAUGCUUGAGAAGUGA